CUCUGCCUUCAGGCAUAUCCACCCACGUCCUUGUCCAGGAGCCCGCCUACUGUCCUCGUCAUCUGUGGCCCCGGGAAUAACGGAGGAGAUGGACUGGUCUGUGCUCGACACCUCAAACUCUUUGGCUACCAGCCAACCAUCUAUUACCCUAAAAGACCUAAUAAGCCACUCUUCACUGCACUGGUGACCCAGUGCCAAAAAAUGGACAUCCCUUUCCUUGGUGAAAUGCCUCCAGAGCCCAUGCUGAUUGAUGAACUAUAUGAGCUGGUGGUGGAUGCCAUCUUUGGCUUCAGCUUCAAAGGUGAUGUUCGCGAGCCAUUCCACAGCAUCCUGAGUGUCCUGCAUGGACUCACUGUGCCCAUUGCCAGCAUCGACAUUCCCUCAGGAUGGGAUGUGGAGAAGGGAAACUCUGGAGGCAUCCAGCCAGACUUGCUCAUCUCCUUGACAGCACCCAAAAAGUCUGCAACCCAGUUUACCGGUCGCUACCACUACCUGGGGGGUCGUUUUGUGCCACCUGCUCUAGAAAAGAAGUACCAGCUGAAUCUGCCACCCUACCCUGACACUGAGUGUGUCUACCGUCUGCAGUGAGGGAAGGUGGGUGCGCAUUCUUCCCAAUAAUGACUUAGUGCUUCUCUCCCAGAGAGCUCUUCUGGCAAUAAAGGUUAAGAGAUGACAGGAGUCAGAGAGCAA